AUGGGUCUCGAAAACAACUCUUACAAGCUCCAAACAAUGGCGGUCGACACCACUGUGUCCGAGGCGGGCUACCCGGAGGAAAAGGUCAUUCGUAGAGAACCUGUACACCACCAAAGGCAACUCCCUUCGAGUGCUGCCGCAUUCCCCGUCGGUGCCUUUGCGACAACACUCACAACCCUCUCCCUCAGCUUGAUGGAGUGGCGCGGCGUCACCAUCACCAACGUCUACGUCGCCAACUUCUUUUUCGUCGCUGCUCUGGGAUUGCUCAUCUCCGCGCAGUGGGAGCUCUCUGCUGGCAACGGCUUUGCUUACACCGUGUACAGCGCAUUCGGUCUCUUCUAUGCAGGAUACGGUGCGGUUCUGACACCCUCAUUUGGGAUACGCGCUGCAUACGGCGACGAUGUCGCGCAGUACAAUAAUGCGCUGGGCUUCUUUGUUCUCUUGUGGACAGUUUUCGUCUUUACGUUUCUCAUUGCCUCCAUCACGACGAAUCUGGUCAGCAUACUGAUAUAUCUCUUUGUCGACUUGGGCUUCCUGUUCAUUGCCGCGAGCUACUUCGCCAAAGCCGACGGGCACGCCAGCGCCGCGAAGGGGCUGCAGAUCGCCGGCGGCGCAUCCUGCUUCGUAGCGGGCCUCUUGGGAUGGUACCUCACCUUUCACUUGCUUUUAAAAGACGACCUGGUAGUGCUGCCGCUUGGACACACGGGCAAGUAUUUUGUAAAGAAGCGAGUGCAUCACCACUAG